AUGGCUUCCUUCCUCGCGUCACGGAGGCUCGCCUCUCAAUUCGUCCGCUCGCCUGCUUUUCCCCGCCUUGUUCGAUGCUAUUCUGCCGCGUUGCCCUCAUAUGAGCACAUUCAGGUCUCCACACCAAAGCCUGGCGUGGGACUGGUCACCCUGAACCGUCCCAAAGCCCUCAACGCCCUCUUCUCCCCUCUCAUCGCCGAGCUCAACGAUGCCUUGCGCAAGCUCGACGCUGACGCCGAUACGGGCGCCAUUGUCAUCACAGGCUCUGCCAAAGCUUUCGCCGCCGGCGCCGACAUCAAGGAGAUGAAGGACAAGUCCUUCGCCGACGCCUACGGCCGCGACUUCAUCGAGAACUGGUCCGACAUGACCUCUCAGAUCAAGAAGCCCGUCAUCUCCGCCGUUAACGGCUACGCCCUUGGUGGUGGUUGUGAGCUUGCUAUGAUGGCUGAUAUCUUGUACUGCUCCGCCAGCGCCACCUUUGGUCAGCCCGAGAUCAAGCUCGGCGUCAUCCCCGGUGCUGGUGGAUCUCAGCGUCUGACGCGCGCCAUCGGCAAGGCGAAAGCCAUGGACCUUGUCCUCACCGGCGACAACUUUACUGGGAAGCAGGCUUACGAGUGGGGCCUCGCCGCCAAGGUCUUCGACUCCGCCGACGAGUGCGUCAAUGGUGCCAUUGAUACUGCCGCCAAGAUUGCCAGCUACAGCAGGAUAGCUGUCAAGGCUGGCAAGGAGGUGGUUAACAAGAGCCAGGACCUGGGAAUCAGGGAGGGUGUCGAAUUUGAACGGAGAGUCUUUCACAGCUUGUUUGGAAGUAAAGAUCAGAAGAUUGGCAUGACCGCUUUCGCCGAAAAGAAGAAGCCCGAAUGGACCAAUGAGUGA